AUGUGGGCGGCAGUGUGUGGCAGGGAAAGCCUUGAAGACGAUCUGUACGACCCCGUCCUGGGUGGCCUGUUACGCAUUGACCAGUCCUUUAAAGGAGAAUACAUUCAGGACAAAGGCAUUGACCAGUACUUUAAAGGAGAAUACAUUCAGGGUAAAGGCAUUGACCAGUCCUUUAUAGAAGAACACAUUCAUGACAAAGGCAUUGACCAGUCCUUUAAAGGAGAAUACAUUCAGGACAAAGGCAUUGACCGGUCCUUUAUAGAAGAAUUCAUUCAAGACAAAGGCAUUGGCCAGUCCUUUAUAGAAGAACACAUUCAGGACAAAGGCAUUGGCCAGCCCUUUAUAGAAGAAUACAUUCAGGACAAAGGCAUUGACCAGUCCUUUAAAGGAGAACACAUUCAGGACAAAGGCACUGACCAGUCCUUUAUAGAAGAACACAUUCAGGACAAAGGCAUUGACCAGUCCUUUAAAGGAGAAUUCAUUCAGGACAAAGGCAUUGGCCAGCCCUUUAUAGAAGAAUACAUUCAGGACAAAGACAUUGACCAGUCCUUAAAGGAGAAUACAUUCAGGACAAAGGCAUUGACCAGAGAAUACAUUCAGGACAAAGGCAUUGACAAAUCCUUUAAAGGAGAAUUCAUUCAGGACAAAGACAUUGACCAGUCCUUUAAAGGAGAAUACAUUCAGGACAAAGACAUUGACCAGUCCUGUAAAGGAGAAUACAUUCAGGACAAAGGCAUUGACCAGUCCUUUAUAGGAGAAUACAUUCAGGACAAAAGCAUUGACCAGUCCUGUAAAGGAGAAUACAUUCAGGACAAAGGCACUGACCAGUCCUGUAUAGGAGAAUACAUUCAGGACAAAAGCAUUGACAAGUCCUUUAUAGGAGAAUACAUUCAUGAAAAAAACAUUGGCCAGUCCUUUAUAGGAGAAUACAUUUAG